UAUUUCUAUGUCUGUGUGUCUAGGAGCUGCCAUUCCCAAGUCAGGUGAUCUACAACAGGGUUGGCAAGUGUGGAAGUCGAACGGUCGUCCUGCUGCUGAGGAUUCUGGCAGAAAAGCAUCAGUUUAACCUGGUUUCCUCUGACAUCCAUAACAAAACAAGACUCACAAAGCAUGAGCAGGUGGAUUUGAUGAGAAAUAUUAGCACUAUUCCGCAGCCUUUUCUGUACACCAGACAUGUUCACUUUCUCAAUUUCACAAGAUUUAGGAUAGAACAGCCUGUCUACAUAAACAUCAUCAGGGAUCCCAUUAACCGUUUCCUCUCCAAUUACUUUUUUCGUCGUUUUGGGGACUGGAGAGGAGAGCAGAAUCACUUGAUCCGCACACCCCAGAUGAAAGAUGACGAGAGAUAUCUGGACAUUAAUGUUUGCAUCAUGGAGAACUACCCAGAGUGCUCUAACCCGCGUCUCUUCUACAUCGUUCCAUACUUUUGUGGACAACACCCUCAGUGCAGGGAGCCAGGUGUUUGGGCUGUGGAGAGGGCCAAACAAAACGUUAUAGAGAACUUCCUACUGGUGGGAAUUCUGGAAGAGUUGGAGGACGUGUUGCUCCUUCUGGAGAGACUCCUACCUCACUACUUCAGUGAUGUCCUAAACAUCUACAAGAGUCCAGAAUUUUGGAAGAUGGGGAACCUUACAGGCACAGUAAAGAAGCACAUGCCCACUUUAGAGGCCCUGCAGGUGCUUUACCAAAGGAUGAAGUAUGAGUAUGACUUUUACAACUUCAUUCGUGACCAGUUCCAUCUCACCAAGAAGAAGAUCGGCCUCAAAUCCACCUCCCAGAACUCUGUUCAUGAGCCUGACUUUCUCCGUGAGCUUGCCCUCAGGACCCAUGAGCCUUUGGAGGAGGAGGAGGAAGAGGACGAAGAAGAGGAGGACGUGGGGCAAGAGGAUGCCAACAUCUGGUUUGUUCAGCCCUGAGUAGUAGGCAUGGCAGAUAUCUCAUAAGCUUGAUGUCUAUGUCCAGUCAGGAGGUAGAGUCAAAGUCCCAGGUUAAAAUUUGGUGUGUAACACCUGUUUUAAACGGGAUGGCCCUUCAAGACACUCUCAAGAGGAGAAGGGGGUCACAGAAGCGUCUGAAGAAUUAUUGGAGGCGAGUGAGGAUCACAACAAAGUGCCAAGGAUUACUCCAUUAAGCCCACCAUAAACAGCUCAAACACACUAAUCAGAUCCCAUCAUCUCAUCCUCACUCGCGUCCUCCUCUGGUUCCAAAAACCUGCUGCAACUCUGUGCCAGAAUUUCAGUGCUCAUCUUUUUGAAAGGAUCAUUUUAUAUUGUACAUGUAAGGUGUUGUACAAUGAAUCAAAAACGUUUGAAUGCAUGGUAGAUGUCCCAUGCAGCACACUGUUCAUCUAAAAUGUUUGAUGCGUAUGUUAAACAUUUUCUCGCUUUGUCAGUGUGUCAUCUGUUGUGUUCAGUCAUUGCGUAAAAUUGGGCCCUUGAGUUCCAAUUUGGUACACAAUGUGCUAAGAACACUUAAAAGUAAUAGUUCACACGAAAAUGUAAAUUGUAAUGAUGUUUUUGUUAGCAGCAAUACAAUUUUAUCCCAUCCUUAAUUGUUUUAAAUUGUAUAGUAUAAAACUACUGGGAUAUCAAACGAUACCUUGCUAGUUAAAGGUAAGCUAUUCAAAGUUCACCAGUGCUUGACUGUGACAAUGUUUUAUACCAUACUCAUCUGUCAAUGCCUAAUAGUUUGGGCAGGAUCACAAGCUAAAACAAGAAGACAGUAAUAUUAAACUAAAUGAAUUAUUUUGGAGGUAAAAUUAAUAUACUCAUGAUCAAUAAAACUGUCACACAUAUUGAAAAACAAGGGAAAACACACGGAAAAACAACUGACUGCAGGACAAAAUAUUCUUGAAUGUGAAAGCAUGAAUUUGUACAUUUCAUUUUAA